GACCAGCUGCUUCAAUGGAAACAGACAAAUGUCGGUCGAAUAAAGAAUGUGUAAAUUAAUCAUACACACUUAAUAAUUCCUUUCACGUUAAUUUUGAAUUUUAACCAGCACUAACUAAAAAAGUCUUACUGUGCUUUCUAUCUCUGACUUUGUUGGAAGUUUCAUACUAUAUAUGUUAUUGCAUAAUUAUACAUAAAGCCAAUUGUAUUAGCUCCAUCUUUUCAGGUAGCAUUGUCUCUGAUGGACAUUUCAUGCAACUCUGAAUAUAAUCAACUUGAAUAUCAAAUGAUGACGAACUUUCCUACACCCGAAGAGCUCAAUGAUAUUCUCUCUUUACCAUCUCUACAAACCAUGGAGCCCCAACUCUACAGCCAUCAGUCUCCAGUAGUAACCACGUUGAACGCAGAAGCUGCGAAACAACUCAAACAUAGAAGCUACAUGAAUACUACUACGAACCAAUGCUCAAGCGGGUUUGGUGAAUAUGGGGCUAUGGGAAACUUGCAGCCCAAGAAAGAGCAUACUGUAUUGGCUCAGAGGAACGUGUCACGUGGGGUUUCGCAAGCAAGAGACCACAUAAUGGCUGAACGAAGACGCCGAGAGAAGCUGAGUCAACGCUUCAUUGCUUUAUCUACCAUCGUCCCUGGACUCAAGAAGACGGACAAGGCAUCAGUGCUUGGGGGCACAAUAAAGUACCUGAAACAUUUGCAAGAUAGAGUUAGGUUUCUUGAGGAGCAAGCCAGUCAGAGAACCAUUGAGUCAGUAGUGUAUUUGAACAAGUCGAGGCUCUCGGUUGCGGAUACAGAGCUAGAAUGUAUUGCGUUGCCCGAGAUCGAAGCUAGAUCGUCUGGUAUAAAUGUUCUGAUAAGAGUUCACUGUGAAAGAAGGAAGGGGGUUGUUGAGAUCACUAUGGCUGAAAUUGAAAAGCUUAAACUGACCGUGAUAAACAGCAGUGUCAUCACUUUUGGAUCCAGUUCCCUUCAUCUCACCAUUAUUUCUCAGAUGGGCGAGGGAUUCAAUAUCACUACAAAGGAUGUUGUCACGAGCAUCAAAUCAAGCCUCGAAGCUUUUAUGAAUGCCAAUCUCGUCUGAGGAAAUAAUAUAAUUACAAUAAAAUUAUAUAAAAGCAUAUAUAACUAAGAUCUUACAAAUUGGAAGCUCCGGUAUAUUUUCACCACUAUAAGACCUUUUUCUCCCAAACUCUUUUAUCUUCUCGCAGUUCGAUUUUUUGGAGGGGUUUAUUCUUUUUUCCCUUUCCGUUUUAAGACUUCAAAACACAAAUGAGAAGAAGAAUGCCUAUUUUUGCAUCGGGUCUAAUAGAAAAAGACACCAUGUGUUUCCAAACUAUGAGUUUUCUUUCUUUUUCUUAAUCUGGUUUUGAAGUAUUUUACCUUAGUGUUGGGAAUGGUAUUUAUUAUCUUCUUGUGGUGAUGUGUUGUUUUGUUUGUGGAGUGGAUUUCAAUGGAACUUCGUAACUCUGUUUAAGUUAGUAAUGGUGUGGUGCCUACUUUUCUUCAUUCUUUUUCUAGAGUUUUUAAUAUAUUAUAUUCUGAUGUUGUUAUAAUAUUGUUUUCUUACGAACCGAUGUUAUUGUGGACAAUGAUAUUAUUUUUCUUACCGA